AUGUGUGGCUACUACGGGAACUACUACGGGGGCCGCGGCUACGGCUGUGGCUACGGAGGAUGUGGCUAUGGAGGCUGUGGCUAUGGAGGCUGUGGUUAUGGAGGCUGUGGUUAUGGAGGCUGUGGCUAUGGAGGCUAUGGCUACAGAGGCCUGGGCUGGGGCUGGGGCACCGGCUGUGGCUGUGGCUAUGGCUGUGGCCGUGGCUAUGGCUGUGGCUUUGGCUACUACUAG